AUGAUAGUUUUUAGUGAAAUUAACUGUUUACCUUAUGGUUAUUUAAAUGAAAUUCAAUUUGAAGAAGAGCAGUUUCAAACAAAAUGGUUUUAUGAUGCUCAAGAUAGUUUACAUGAAAAGUUGAAUAUUAAACAAAAUAAAAAAGAGGCACGAAAUGUAAUAAUAUUUUUGGGAGAUGGUAUGUCAGUUCCAACUGUUACAGCAGCAAGAAUUCAUCUUGAACAAAGAUUAAAUUUAACAGGCCAUACUGAUGGAUUAGAAUUUGACAAGUUUUCAUAUUCCGGACUGUCCAAGACAUAUUGUGCUGAUAGCCAAGUAGCAGAUUCAGCUUGUUCUGCAACAGCAUAUUUAGGUGGAGUUAAGGGUAAUUUUCGAACAAUUGGUGUUACUGAAAAAGUCAAAGAAAAUGAUUGUAAAUCAGCUGUAAAUCGUCAAAAUCAUGUUUCUUCUAUAGCAGAAUGGGCACAAAAAGCAAAUAAAUUGACAGGAAUUGUUACAACAACACGUGUAACACAUGCUUCACCAGCUGGAAAUUAUGCUCAUAUAUCUAAUCGUAAUAUGGAAAGUGAUUUGGAUAUAAUACAAAUAGAUCAAAAUAUAACAGGAUAUAAAUAUUGUAAAGAUAUUGCAAAACAAUUAAUUGAAGAUUUACCGGGACGAUAUUUAAAUGUUAUAAUGGGUGGUGGUCGUCAAAAAUUCUUACCAAUUGAAGGUUAUGAAAAAGCAACUGCAUAUGGAUAUGGUGAAAGAUUAGAUGGAGAAGAUUUAAUACAAAAAUGGUACAAUAAUAAUAAAGAUGGAAAUGCUAUUUAUGUUUCAAAUCGUAAUCAAUUAUUAAAUGUAGAUUUUCAAAAAACAGAUCAUCUAUUAGGAUUAUUUGCUGAUAGUCAUAUGAAAUUUAAUUUAGAUAAUAUUGAUAGGAAAGAACCUAGUUUAGCUGAAAUGACUGCAUCAGCAAUUGAAAUUUUACAAAAAGGAACAAACGGAUUUUAUUUGUUUGUUGAAGGUGGGCAUAUAGAUAUCGCACAUCAUUCAACAUUAACACGAAAAGCUUUAGAUGAAACUAUUGAAUUUUCAAAAGCGAUAAGAAUAGCCAAAGAAAUGACAUCAUCAAAAGAUACAUUAAUUGUAGUUACAGCUGAUCAUUCUCAUACAAUGAGUAUAUCAGGAUAUUCAACUCUAAAUAAUGAUAUAUUAGGUUUAAAUUCAUUACGCAGUAAUAUUGAUGGUUUACCAUAUGCAACAUUAUCUUAUGCAAAUGGUCCUGAUACAAAACGUUCACUAAAUGGAUCAAGAAUAAAUUUGGAAAAAGAUGAUAUUAAUGAUAAAGACUUUUCAUAUCCCAGUAAUGUACCGUUGAAAUCUGAGACACAUGGAGGUGAUGAUGUUCCUGUUUUUGCAUCAGGUCCUUGGGCACAUUUAUUUUCCGGAACAUAUGAGCAAAAUUUAAUUCCACAUUUAAUGGGAUAUGCAGCUUGUAUUGGUAGUGGUGAUACUUGCUGUCGCUAUUCAAAUAAGAGAUCUAGGAAUAAAAUUAAAUAA